GCAGUUGCCUGUUGCGUUGUGGACAGUGCGCGUUUACCCAAUUAAUUAAUCAUUUCCCCCCUUUCUCUUCCCCCAUUUCAUCGCCAGCAGCAACCAAUUCUAAUCAAAUUCAAAUUGGUAUUAGCUGCUUUUAAUCACCUUCGUUUCCGGAAACAAUGGCUUCUCGCCGCCGUAUGCUUCUCAAGGUCAUAAUCCUCGGUGAUAGCGGGGUUGGGAAGACGUCAUUGAUGAACCAGUAUGUGAACCGUAAGUUUAGCAAUCAAUACAAAGCCACUAUUGGAGCUGAUUUCUUGACAAAAGAGGUUCAAUUUGAAGAUAGGUUGUACACAUUGCAGAUAUGGGAUACAGCUGGGCAAGAAAGGUUUCAGAGCCUAGGUGUUGCAUUUUAUCGAGGAGCAGAUUGUUGUGUUCUAGUGUAUGAUGUCAAUGUCAUGAAAUCUUUUGAGAAUCUUAACAACUGGAGGGAAGAAUUUCUAAUCCAGGCCAGUCCCUCUGAUCCUGAGAACUUCCCAUUUGUUGUUUUGGGGAAUAAGGUAGAUGUUGAUGGUGGCAAUAGUCGGGUGGUUUCUGAGAAGAAAGCCAAGGCAUGGUGUGCUUCUAAGGGAAAUAUACCUUACUUUGAAACAUCUGCAAAGGAAGGAUUCAACGUGGAUGCAGCUUUUGAAUGCAUAGCCAAAAAUGCUCUCAAGAAUGAACCUGAAGAAGAAAUAUAUCUCCCAGACACCAUUGAUGUUGCGGGUGGGCAUCAACAAAGAUCAACAGGAUGCGAGUGUUGAAGUGCUUUCUCAUUUCAAUGUCUGUUUUCGGUCUGGAACGAAUUCAGUAAUUCAAUUUGAUUAUAUGCUGUUAAUUGUAACCCAUAUCUAGUGUGUAUGGUUGUGUAGUUUUAAGAUUCUUGAUUAUCUCCAAGUGUAAUUCAGGGGGUGAUUAGUAUUGGGAUUCUUUUUUCUUCACUUGACGAAUUACGGUGGUGUCUUUAUGAAACUACAAUUUUUUCAAUGCAUAUUUCAUUUUAGGCAAUUA